AAGCAAAAGUUUUCCAAAAAUGUUCACAGUUUCAAAGUUCGAACUUCGCAGUUCCCGCUAAAUUCUAUUUCAAAAAUGGCGUCAAAAUUCACAAUUAUUUUCGCUGCGUUCUGUGUAUUUUAUCUUUUGGUAAAAGUUGACAGUUCUUUCAUAAAGCCGAAUAAUGUUCCUAGGGUCGGAAGAAGCAAUGAAGCUGAUGGCCCUUUUGAUCAAAGUAUGAUGGGAUAUGUAAUUAAAACAAUUCCGAGUAAAAAUAUUCCAAGAAUGGGUAGAAGAAACUUUGAUUCAGGCAGUCGUUUUGAUAUUCCUAAACUGUAUCAGCUCCCGGCAAAUGAUAUGCAAUAUUACGGAGAUGGAAACAAUUUGCAAGGCGAACAAGAGCAAGAACAACAAUUUUUCGGGAACAAGUAAAUAAAAAAGUCACCAUUUUAAAUACCGAAUGAUCAAUAAAGUUUGUGAGCAGUUCUAGUCACCUAAUUAAUUCAACCUAGUUAAUAAAUGAUGCAUCAAUA